AUGUCUGACCAACAUUUAGAUGGAAAUACCAACGGCAAUACGCAAACAACUCAUACAAUCUCCAACUUAUCAGCAGGAUUGAAAUCAGUAUCAUUGAAUGAUCAACAACAAUCACAGCAAGGACAACAGCAACAACAGCAUCCACAACAGAAUCAAGUAAAUUUAACAUUAUUACAACAACAAUUACAAAAUGAUUCAAAUCUUCAACAACAAUCAAGAAUCACACAAUUUUUCCAAAAUCAACCAACUGAAGGUUAUACCCUUUUCUCACAUAGAUCAGCACCAAAUGGAUUCAAAGUUGCUAUAAUAUUAUCAGAAUUGAAUUUACCUUUUAAUACAAUCUUUUUAGAUUUUAAUCAUGGAGAACAAAGAGCACCUGAAUUCGUAACCAUAAAUCCAAAUGCAAGAGUUCCAGCAUUAAUUGAUCAUUUUAAUGAAAAUACUUCUAUUUGGGAAUCAGGUGCUAUCAUAUUAUAUCUAGUAACUAAAUAUUCAAAAGAAAAUGGUGAUUGUCCAUUAUAUUCAAAUAAUUUAAUGGAACAAAGUUCAAUUAAUUCAUGGUUAUUCUUCCAAACUUCAGGCCAUGCACCUAUGAUUGGUCAAGCUUUGCAUUUCAGAUAUUUCCAUUCUUGUCCUGUCCCAAGUGCAGUAGAAAGAUAUACUGACGAAGUAAGACGAGUCUAUGGAGUAGUUGAAAUGGCAUUGGCCGAAAGAAGAGAAGCAUUAAUUAUGGAAUUAGAUGUUGAGAAUGCAGCCGCUUAUAGUGCUGGUACAACACCUAUAUCACAAUCAAGAUUUUUUGAUUAUCCUGUUUGGUUAGUUGGUGAUAGGGCAACUGUGGCUGAUUUAUCAUUUGUACCUUGGAAUAAUGUUGUGGAUAGAAUUGGAAUUAAUUUGAAAGUCGAAUUUCCUGAAGUUUAUAAAUGGACUAAACAUAUGAUGCGAAGACCAGCCGUGAUUAGAGCUUUGCGUGGGGAUUAA